UCGCACUCGCGACUUGUAGGGCCCGCGUGGCCCGAAACGUCACGAGGUGUCACGAGGUGUUUUUGGCCUUGACGCGAUAAGAGUGAUCGUUUAUCGGAGGGGUUGAAAGCUGGAGGCAGUAGGUCGUGCAUACAACUUUUGUCACUCACGUCAUUUAUCUGAUUGCGUCGCCGCAAUCCUUUUUUGGACGUUCGCAGAAACCGCCGCGUCAUAUCACUCAUAUCGGUAAUAUCGGUAUACCUAACUGCGACGAGGUUACGCGUUCUGUUACGUGCCACACGCCGCAACAUUUUCAAAGCCUUUCAAACAUCUUAUUCAUUCUCUCAAAUAGUUUUUCAGCAAACAGUGCCUAAUAUACAAUAUUCUAUUAAGCCUUUAUCUCGUAAUCUGCGCGUUGCACGCUUUUAUAUUUUAAAAAGAAAAAAAUCUAGGUCUAGGUGCCAACGCCUAUUGCUCAUAUAACUGGGUAUGUUUGACGUGUGCUUUUAUCUUCGUUACCCUGUUUUUAUUUUUUCUCAUGAUUCUAAGUUCUAGUUUUUCUUUUUCCAGGUCGAUCCUUAUAUUGGUUAUCAUCUAACACAAAGUUCUUUUUCAAUAAGUAAAGAUCUUGAUAUCUGUUUGAAUUUUUAACUGUAACUCGUAGCGACGAAGCUUCGACUUGGACUCGCACGUUAUUUAUACUUUUCAAGUAUACGCGUAAACCUUUUGGAGUAAAAAUACUGUCGAUAUGAUACGUGGAGUACUUGCGACUCGCGGGCGAAACCGCGCUGCGGGCGAGAUGUUUUUCUCGAACUCGAGUGUACGCACGCCGAAGAGCUGCGGACGUGAAGUCGAAGACCCCGAAGACAGUCGUUCGCCGCUAAACGGGAUACGAGUUUUGGAUCUGACGCGGAUCGUGGCCGGUCCUUACUGCACGAUGAUCCUGGGUGAUCUAGGCGCGGAAAUCUUGAAGAUCGAACGACCCGACGGCGGGGACGAGUCGCGCAAGUGGGGCCCGCCGUUCUUCCGAGGAACGCAAGAGUCGACUUACUUCAUGAGCGUCAACAGAAACAAAAAGAGCGUUUGCGUCGAUUUGAAGAAGGGUAAAGAUAUCAUUUACGAGCUGGCGCAGAUGUGCGACAUCCUGGUAGAAAAUUACGUGCCGGGAAAGCUGAACGGCAUGGGCUUAGGAUACGAGGAUAUGGCCAAGAUAGCACCGCGUCUCAUAUAUUGCUCGUUGACCGGUUACGGAUUCCACGGCCCGUACGCAAAUAGACCCGGUUACGAUGUCAUCGCUGCUUCGUUAGGCGGCCUCUUACACAUCACCGGGCCCAAAGACGGACCACCGUGCAAGGUCGGCGUAGCGAUGACCGAUCUGGCGACAGGUCUCUACGCUCACGGAGCGAUUAUGGCAGCUUUACUGCAAAGAUCCAAGACCAACAGAGGCCAAUGGAUACAGUGCAAUCUCUUGUCGACCCAAGUCGCGAGUCUGAUAAACAUUGCUUCAAAUUACUUGAAUGGUAAUAAGGAGGCGACGAGAUGGGGAUCUGAACACGAGAGCAUAGUCCCUUAUGAAGCCUUUCCCACAAAAAAUGGAUACAUGACGAUCGGGGCAGGAAGCGACGCGCAAUUUAUCGACGUAGUCAAAAGAUUACAAAUACCAGAACUCGCCACUGACGACAAGUUUGAGAGUAACAUAGCUAGAGUUAAAAACAGAACGGAGCUGCUUCAACGUCUUAGAGAUGCACUUCAAAAGAAGACAACGCAGGAAUGGUCUGUAAUAUUUGAAGGGGCUUCGUUUCCUUAUGGAGCAGUAAAUACUAUAAGAGAGGUAUUCGACGAUCCCCAUGUAAAACACAUAAAGUUGGUUCAAGAAGUGGAUCAUCCGCGUACAGGCAAAGUAAAACUUGUUGGACCACCUGUGACAUAUAGCUACGCUACCAAUAUAGUGCGAUCCCCACCACCGACAUUAGGACAACAUACAUCGGAAGUUUUAAAAAAUAUAUUAAACUAUUCUGAUGAUAAAAUAGACACGUUAAUAACACAAAAAGUCGUACGAUAAUUAAUGAUGACAUGAGAGAGUCCCUUUCUAUCUAUAUACAGCAGCAGAUGAGAGAAAUCUCAAUUUUAUUUAAUAAAUAUGAGCCUACUUUAUUAAAACUUUUCCUAAUGCUUUUAAAAAGUAGUUUUCACUUUUAUACAUUAGUUUUAUGUACUUUUAUAUAAAAUUCAGAUAACAAAUCUCACACUAUUUAAUAUUAAUCAAAUUUUAUAGCGAAACAAAGUUUUUAGAAAGUAGUUUUGAUAAUACGGCGUGUAUAAGAUUAUUGUAUUAAGAUGUAUUUUUUGUAU